CCUAGUAACUCUCCUGAAAACAAACCUACUCGUCACAUUCAUGCGCUUUGGUCUCGAUAUGUAUCUGUGCAUAGUUGCACUGGCUUAACCCUUUCACGAUUCUUCAGCAACAGAAAUAGACCGCUACCUAUGUAUGUACAUACAUGUAGUUAAUCAGACUUGGCUGAUGACCCCGCCAUAAGCUGCUUCUUCAGAGGGGUCACGACAGCCCGAUUACCUAGGUUGUUGAGACACCUGACAUCCGUUCCAUGUCCUGGGCUGCUUUCACCAAGCGUCCCGAUCCCGUCCCGUCCACUUCUCUUCUCACUUCCCUCAUUUUCGGUCCUGUGUCCCACGCCUUUGUUCCUAUUGGACCAUUCGCACUUCCUCCUCCGCCGUCAUCCGGAGCUCUCUCCUUCGGUGCCUACCUUAGGUAGCUCACGCUCAACUUCCGCAAGAGCUUACACCUUUGUCAGAGUCAACAAAAGCAAUUUCUCCAGCGGCGCAACUCGAUCAUGCCCGCCCUCACAAUCAACGCCGACAACCCUCCAAGCAAUAAUCCCCCUUCUCCGACCCGACCGCCUGUUUCCCCCAUCACACCUCCCUUGCGUCCUACCCAACGCCCUACCCAACGCCCCGCGACUGAAGCUACAAGCGCAACCGCAAGCUCCGGCGCCGGUGGUCGUCCAAGCCUUACACAUUCACAGCCCGACCAGGCUGCGAUACCACCGCCUGCACCUCAACCAAUUGCCUUUGAUUCCAACCCAGACGUCAUUGCGCUCAAGUCGGCGAUUUCCAUUCUACAAAUUCAGCGACAGCGCGCCACUGCCGACAUCCAGGUCCUCAAUCGCGCAAAAGACGAAGCCGUCCAGGACCCUGAAGCUUUCAUAAAAGACCUUGUCGCAGGCAAGAUCAACGCGCCUGCAGAUGAUAGCGACAGCGACAGCGACGAUGAAGAUACACCGAUGAGUGGUCAGGACAUCGGCAAUCAGCAAGACCCCGGUGAAGGGUCCUCCAAGCAGCGCAUCGCUACCCAGCCACCAGCAUGGACGAAUCUUCCCCAGCCGCAAAAUGUGGUUCGCUGCCCGCCCAUCAACUGGUCGCAAUACGCUGUGGUCGGUGACUCCCUCGACAAACUUCACAACGAACAAGUCACGCGUCCCAACCAGGGUACACCAGCAACGAUUGGCGCAAACGGCAUGUACGAAUUCAGAGGUGAAGGGAAGCAAGAGAGGUACCAAGGUGUGGCGGCGCCCUAUAACCCAACCCAGGAGCGUCUAAACAAGAAGCCCAAGAGUAGGAGGUCAUGAGAAACGAUAGCACCAUGAGUUACGAAAGAAAUCGCAUACACAGAUUCGAAACAUUGUCUUUUGACGGAAAUCUUGAUGCAAUGGAUACAUUAUAUUCAAAUAUCGGCGUUAGAGGAUAGAUGGAUGGCGUUUCAUAGAGUGCAAACAACUAUGCCGAUCACUUAUUCUGGUAACCGUGUAAUAUCUGAGCCUCUCAAUCAACCUUGUGUUUGAAGAAAGCAUCUUCAUUAUAGGAAGGUCUGCGGUCUCGUAUUCCAAAAUCAAAAGUAAAUCGAUAGCUUUUCACUGGGGCAAGGAAAUAGAGUGACUUGGUAUCUCAUAUAUCUAGUGGCCUUGUGUUGAUUGUGCCACACGUAUCACAACCUGGUCACGGCAAAUCAAGUC